CUUCACAAUCGAAUAUUAGUCAUACAUUAACAUGUUCUUAUGUGAUAUGAAGGUAUGCAAAUAUAGUUUAGUUUUUCAAAUCCACAAGACAAAUCUCUUGCCUUACCAUGCCUCAUUUGUUUACAGGGAACUAAUGCACAGGUAGGUCUGGUAAUGUAUAAUGCCAACUCCAAUGCAGAUGUCCAACAUAUCCAUUGGACAGGAGAGGUGGAUUAUUUUUUAGGUGUGUUAUCAUCGUUAGUCUUCAAUGGAAAUAAUGAAAACCAACACACCAUGGUGCAAGGUCUUGGAGAGGCUCUAAUGUUGUUUCCAAGGCCGUCUGAUGUCAUGACAAAAGAAGAAUACUACAACGGUAGUAGACAUUGUAUUCUUAUAGCAUCCGGAGACCCUGUUCCUAGGAGAAUGUUAGUCUCUGUGCCACAGAUUGAUAAAGGAAGAAUUUUUGGCACACAGUUGCAUACUUUAAAUGUUGAUUUUUGUGAGGUGGCAGAAAUGUUUGGCCCGCUAGCAGUAUCCCUUUCAAUAAUAUCUGCAGUGCAACAUCCAAUUUUUGGAGUGAUAUUCAAUAUGGGAAAUAACGGUUCUCCAAUGGUAACCACUCCAAACUCUAACAUUAGAAUUGGCGAGUUGAAUGUUCUAUUGGCAAGAAAUUUUAAGGAGGCACAUGCCCUUCGUGGGAAAAGAAGAGUGGAUCCAGCCACAAAAGAGAGUGUAAAAUCAAUGAGGAUGACAAAUGAAGAAGUUGCUAACAUGGUUUAUUCAAGAGGAAACAUAGUUAAUAGUGAACCAUCCUUAUUACCACCAAUUCUUCCAUAUGGUUGUACUAGUACCAGCAGCAGCAGGCGUCCACAUCUUCCAUUCCUGGCAGCAGGCUUUGAUCCAUAUGGUAGACCUGUGUUUGGACCAACCGCUGGGGUUCCACCUCCACCAAAAACACCUCAAUUUAAUCCCCAUGAUUUUUGGCCUCCUCCACCAUCUUCUACAUAUUCUCAAAACCUAGUGCAUGCAUGGGAGGUAAACUGAUUAAUUAGCUUCAUUAUUCUGCAGAAAACUAACAUAAUAUGCCUUCACUGAACAUGUUAAAUUUUCCUUAUACUAGUUUCUCUAUAAGAUACUUUUAUACUUUCUAGCUUAAAAAGUAAUCUUUGGUUUACGUUGACAUUUUCUCUUCUCCUUCUCUAGGGAA